AUGAAGCCAUUUCUGCUUUGUGUCGCGGCGUCCGCUGCUAUUGUUUCGGUGCCUUCACACGCCAUAGCGCAGGUGGAUGUACACACCAACGAGGACUUGCAAGCCAGCGCGGACAGUGUGGCCGAGUCUGAGGUCCCUGCGGGAAAUGUCGAAAUUUUGGUCAGUGCUACAAGCCGGAGCGCGGCUUCGGCUCUGGCUCAGCAGAGUGCUGCAGACGCGAUGGAGUCGAUGAGCAAAUCGUUGCGGGAGGCGGCCAAGGUAAUCCGGGAGGCAAGCGCCAAGGACGCCAGUGCGAGUGCAAUUGAAGGCACUGCGCGGGCAAUGAAGGACGCAUCGCCUCGUAUGUUCCUGCAACAGGAGCGGAUCCAGCAGGAGUUGCCUCCAGCAUUGGAAGAGGUUAUGGACAUUAUUCGUGAAGACAUUCCCGAUUUUUCGAAUAUGAGUUGGUGGCAAUCAUUCAGUGCAGCCAAAACCGCAGCUCGCGACUUGUUUGAGGAUCUCCGAACUGCGCGCUCGGACCUCACUUCGUCGAUCGACGACGCGCUGACGCGGUUCACGGUGAGCAUUGAAGAGGCCGGGCUCCCAUCUCCUUUGGUGCAGGGGCUUGCAGAAUUUAACCCGGAAAGCAACUUCCCAGUUGUCCUACCAGACAUCCCCUUCUUGGGACCUCUGAACCCCUACAUAUGGCAACAAGAAGACGUGCGCCAGUUUAUCCCUGGCGCACAAAUCCCACUCUUCAGACCCAUUAGGCAAUGGAACAUACGCCCACUCUUUCCCUGGGUAGCGCCCACCAACUGA